AUGGCUCGUACCAAGCAAACUGCUCGUAAGUCAACUGGAGGAAAGGCUCCCAGGAAGCAACUUGCUACUAAGGCUGCCCGUAAGUCUGCUCCGACAACUGGAGGAGUGAAGAAGCCCCACAGAUAUCGCCCUGGUACUGUUGCCCUCCGUGAAAUCAGAAAGUACCAGAAAAGCACUGAGCUUCUGAUCAGGAAGCUCCCAUUCCAGAGGCUUGUCCGUGAAAUUGCCCAAGAUUUCAAGGAGUUGCCAGAUACGGUCAUUGAGAACAAGACAUUGAAAGCUUCAAAUAAAGUAGUCCGCCAAUGUAUCAAAAUAGAGCUUCGAGAGACGAACCCAAGUGGAGGAUGUUACUCCAAAAGAUUCGAUGUGAGUAGCUUUGNUAGUCCGCCAAUGUAUCAAAAUAGAGCUUCGUGA